ACCGGGUCCGGGCUCGUUCAUUGGUAAACCCCGCUUCCGCUGACGUCACGAAUGACACGUGUAUUCAAGAUGGCGGCGGCGAUGGAAACAUGGCUGUUCGUGCUGGUGUCCAUUCUGCACACUACCAAUUCCUUCUAUGUGCCUGGAGUUGCGCCAAUAAACUUCCACCAGAAUGAUGUUGUGGAAAUCAAGGCUGUUAAGCUGACGAGCUCCCAUACCCAGCUGCCAUACGAGUAUUACUCCCUGCCAUUCUGCCGGCCGGACAAAGUCGUUUACAAGGCCGAAAAUCUGGGGGAGGUGCUGAGAGGGGACCGCAUUGUCAACACCCCCUUCGAAGUUCGCAUGACCAGCGAGAAGAAGUGUGAAGUUCUGUGUGACAGACCCAAAAAGCCUUUGAAGCUUUCCGUAGAGGAAAGCAAGCUGAUGGCGGAGCGCAUCAAGGAGGAGUACUACGUCCAUCUCAUCGCAGAUAACCUGCCAGUGGCCACACGACUGGAGGCCUUUGCAGAGGGGGAAGGUGAUGAAGAGCAGAAGAAGGACACGCAGAAAGAUGUGCAGUUCGAGCAUGGCUACAGGCUGGGCUUCACACAGAAAGGCAGAUUCUUCCUGCACAACCACCUGUCCUUCGUCCUGUAUUACCACAAAGAGAAGGUGGAGGAGGAAGAGGAGCCCAAUUUCAGAGUGGUGCGCUUCGAGGUCAUCCCCCAGAGUGUCGCCCUGGAAGACCUGAAGACAGAUGACAAAGGUACCUGCACUCUGCCUGAGACCAGUGGCAAUGGUUUUGCUGCCCAGGUGAUAGACCCUGCGAAGGAGAAUGAGGUUCUCUUCACUUACUCUGUCCACUGGGAGGAGAGUUCUGUGAAAUGGGCCUCUCGCUGGGACACUUACCUCACCAUGAGUGAUGUUCAAAUUCACUGGUUCUCUAUCGUUAACUCUGUUGUCGUCGUCUUCUUCCUGUCAGGCAUUCUGAGCAUGAUCAUCAUCCGAACUUUGAGGAAGGACAUUGCUAAUUACAACAAAGAAGAUGACAUUGAGGACACAAUGGAAGAAUCAGGCUGGAAGAAUGUUCAUGGUGACGUGUUCCGCCCACCCCAGUAUCCCAUGAUCCUCAGCUCUAUGUUAGGUUCUGGCAUUCAGCUCUUCUGCAUGGUGCUGAUAGUAAUCAUUGUUGCCAUGUUGGGGAUGCUGUCGCCAUCGAGCAGAGGAGCCCUGAUGACAACAGCCUGCUUCCUGUUCAUGUUCAUGGGUGUGUUUGGAGGGUAUUUCGCUGGCCGGCUGUACCGCACUCUGAAGGGGCACAGGUGGAGGAAAGGAGCUUUCUGCACUGCUACCUUGUACCCUGCUGUCGUGUUUGGGAUCUGUUUUAUCCUGAACUGUUUCAUCUGGGGAGAGCACUCCUCUGGGGCGGUGCCGUUUGUGACCAUGGUGGCCCUGUUGUGCAUGUGGUUUGGAAUCUCCAUGCCGCUGGUCUACCUGGGAUACUACUUCGGAUUCCGGAAGCAGCCCUACGAUAACCCCGUGCGCACCAACCAGAUCCCCCGACAGAUCCCCGAACAGAGGUGGUACAUGAACAAGUUCGUUGGAAUUCUUAUGGCUGGGAUUCUGCCUUUCGGUGCAAUGUUCAUAGAGCUCUUCUUCAUCUUCAGUGCCAUAUGGGAAAACCAGUUCUAUUACCUGUUUGGAUUCCUGUUUUUAGUGUUCAUCAUCCUGGUGGUGUCCUGCUCUCAGAUCAGCAUCGUGAUGGUUUAUUUCCAGCUGUGUGCAGAGGAUUACAGGUGGUGGUGGCGAACGUUCCUGGUCUCCGGAGGGUCCGCCUUCUAUGUUCUCAUCUAUGCCAUCUUUUACUUUGUUAACAAGUUGGAUAUUGUAGAAUUCAUCCCGUCGCUCCUUUACUUUGGAUACACAACUUUGAUGGUCCUCUCCUUCUGGCUUUUAACCGGGACGAUCGGAUUUUACGCAGCGUACAUGUUCAUAAGGAAAAUCUACGCCGCUGUCAAAAUAGACUGAUCUGUGCGGCCGGAGCGCUGACCAGAGUUUCUGCUUGCAUACGGGGGUGGGGAGGGCCUUCGGCCAGAAACGGACAGCCAGACGGAACCAAAUUCUCGACUUUAAUUUUCCUGUAUUUGCACCAGUGUUCGACGGAAUCACAGAGCAUGGGCAAAAGGUCAUACUCAAAAGAUCGGGGUGUUUUGAAUGGAGAAUGAAACAAUUUUUAAUCCGUUUUGUUAUGUCUGAGUUUUAAGUUUAACAUUUUUCCUUACGGAGUAUAGUUUUUACAGGGUUUUGUAAAUUCUCAUCGUUUUCUUUUUCUGCAGCUGGGGGAGGGGCAAAGGGUCUUUAUAACAUAAUAAUAAUAAUGAUGAAGAUCAUGAGCGUAACUUGGAAACAGGAAGGCAGUGGUGAUAUUUUUGUCCUAGAGAGAUUACUUCUCAUAAAAUGUAACCUAGAGUGCCUGUACACUAUGGGGAUGUGAUCCACUGAUGUUGGCAGGUGAUGUGUAUAGGUGAUCACCGUGGCUGUAUAGAGACGAGGCAAGAGUGAGGGGUGAAUGUGUUUUCUGUUGUUGUUUUUUCGUUCCUCUCCAUUUUCAUGUCUGCUGUAACGGUGUCAAGCAAAUGUGCUGCCAGCGGGUUACACUGGCAUCCCAUGGAUUUGUGCAAGUGUGUGUAAAAUACAAAUUUUGUGACACUAUGGGUCUAUCGAAUUUGUUUACUUUUUGAAACAGGUGCUCCAGGGGUUAACGUUAAGCAAGUAGGUUUUUUUAAAACAUAUAUAGAACAAAAUUUACCAUACAUUUUAAGAUUUUUCUUGUAUAUAUACAUUUUUUCAGUUUUAUAUACUAGAUUGCGUAAUGAAGAUUUCAAGGCUUAAUCAUUGGUAAAUUAUUUGCAAAUGUCAGACCUCAUUUUCAUUGGUGGUGAUGCUACAUGACUUUGUCUCUUCAUUGGAGUAUUAAAGCAGACCUCGGCUUUCAAUUUCAGCUGCUGUAAAACAAUCACGUUUUGUGGACUGAGAGCUACUCAGUUAAACAUUAAAAACUGCUGUCAAGUGCAUGAAUUUCACUUACAGUUGAUGGAUUGGGGGUGGGGGCAUGUUUAAGAAGACUGAUGUAAUAAAUUAUUAUAAAACCACUUUUGACCAAACA